UGGGAAACAGACCGCAGCGAGAUAAUCAGCACGUCAUUCGCAGGAAUCAUGGGAUAGCUGUGGCUCUUUCCGCUUUUAGUUUGUGUUUCCGGGUGACUGUCUAGGAGGUUGUUUUUUAGAGUAGCGUGAGUAUGUGUUGGAAUUUUUAACGAAAGGUGGGAAGAUGAGCGACUCUCCCGUGCAUGUGUCUCCAUCUCCCGAGUUAUCCGAGAAUUUGCAGGCUCGGCUGCGGGACCUGCAGGAGCUAAGCGAGUUUGUGGACAGCUGCCGGGACCAGCUGAGCGGCGUGUUUGCGGCCCUGGGCUGGAGCCAGGAUACCGGCGCGGCUGGCAUCCAGGAGCCGAUGACAACGUGUCCGUAUGAUCCCCAUCACCGAGUUCCCGAGAGGAGCCUGGAGAAGCACCUGGGGAGCUGCCGGCUCAGCAAGAUGGGCUACUCCCGGGAGGAACAGGAUGAAAUGUACGAUCCCUCAGUUUGCUAUGAGAAAGCAAAUGUGCCAUCUGUAGUCAUUGAUCGCCAUUUGCAGCAGCAGAUAAUUGAGCAAGCACGGGCAAGCGCCCCUCUAGGCAGAACGGAAGACCUGCACUCUCAGAUAACAGGGGGUAAUGCACCAUUCCCGAAACAUCUUGAAAACAGCUUGUCAUUGCUUACAGGUGAGUAUUCUACAGAGGCUGCUGAUGUUCCUCAGAAUCACAAGCACGCUCUCUGUGACCUGACUGUGGCUGACCGGCUGGCCAUCUAUGACUACGUGUUGCGAGAGACAGCCCAACAGAGGACUCGUGCAGAGGUGGCUGAGAAUGAUGACCUGUAUGUGGAUUUGGUAAAUAAGCUUAAGAAAGAUGAUGGCCAGAACGGUCCCAAGUCACACCUUGAAGUUCUUGCAGAAAUGAGAGAUUAUAAAAGGCGGCGCCAGUCUUACAGAGCCAAGAAUGUUCAUAUAACAAAGAAGUCUUACACAGAGGUGAUCCGAGAGGUGAUAGAUGUUCACUCUGGAGAACUGGCCAGACUGUGGCAAGAAGACAAAGAGAUGUGCUCUUCAAAGCCCUCGUCACACAGGCGGACAUCUGAUGCUGGCAGAUCAGCCUCUGUGGAGUCCCGGCACUCUCCUGGGAGCUCCAGAGACGCAGAGAGCUCGCGGCGCCGGAGGAACCUCAGCCGGGAAAGAGACAGAGACUCCCGGAGGAAAAGAGAAUCUCGCUCCCCAGAUGAAAGACACCAUGACCGCAGACGAAGAAAAUAGAUCUAAGUGGAGAAAGUAUUAACAUUUGUGUAUAGUGAGAUAUACAGUGUUGGGGAAAGGACUGUCACAAAAUGACUUUAUUAAAGAACCGUGUUGAGACUGACAGGAAAAAUUUCAGGAGUUGUGAGUCAGUCUCUGGAAGGCUGUGUUUCAGACGAAGAAAAAUUGCAGGAAUAGUAGCCAUGUGACACUUUAUUAGAAAUAGACUCUUAAAGUCCUCCUUGAGUCUGAUAGUAAUCAUCUUUUAAAUUGGUGUAGUUUUUAAUACGUAAUUCUUCUCAAUUAGACUAGCAAAUCCACGGUAAAACUUAGUUGGAAUUUCACUUGUGGAUAAAUCGGCAUUAUUGGUAUAACAUCAAUAUUUUUCAAAGAAUCGUUUGCCUGCUGAUUUGUUUUAAAGUGAAUGUGAGAUAGACAUUGAGUUUUAUGUUGCUAACCCUAGGUCUUGCUGUAAGAAACCGUGUAUGCAGAAAAACAGCAGGAACAGCUCUGCAUAUAACUAGUCCUUUUCACAGCAGCUCCAAAUCUCAGGAAUGCAUCUCGCAGUGUCAGGGUGCCAUGCGGGUGUGGAAUCUGUUUUAUGCAAAAUCUCCUGUAUUCUGUGGCAUGUCAAGUUUCAGGGAAGAGGAGCACUUUUCUCUUGACCUAUUUUGUUUCACAUUAUUUUCGUUUACAAAUAUUUCCAGCACAAAGUACUCCUCUUUGCAAAACCUGGGUAUGCUUCUUUUUUUAUUGUAAUCCUUUCAUUGUUUCAGUGCACAUAGAUCCAGAGAAAAUAGUGCACUCUUCCUGUGCUUAAAAUCUGCUCAUGGCAGGGGGUGCUGAUAUAAAGAGAGAUUUAACAAUCAUUAUUAAUAUUUAUUACGAUGCAAUUCCUGCUAUUGUUUGAGUAUGAAAAUGCAAUAAAGAGCUAUUGGUGUCAGUACAAA